GGGCGAUUAUGUCCUGACCCGUUUUAUGCGGUUUUCGAUAUGUCACGUCAUUUUUGUCACAACCGAGCGAUUACCCCGGACUGGGGCGUAUCGCUUAUCGUUGGGACCUUCGGGAUAUCGACUCGGGAUAUAAGACCUCUACCUCUACUCCCCUCGACCCCCCCUGGUCUGCUCAGUCUUCUCUUGUCCUUUCUAUUGGAAGUUCUUCCUUUUUCUACUCUUGUCUUGUAUAGAGAUUCUUAAUACAUAAGCAUACAAGCUGUCUUUCUACAGCUCCUCAACCAUUGCAAUUUGCCGGCACCUCUCGCCUCCCCCUAUACUCGCGCUUGUCUCCUAUAAACCUACUAGGUAGAGAUCUACGGAUACUCCGUCUAUACUCGAUCAUGGCGUCCAACGACGAACAGCAAUGUAGCAUCGCCGUCUUGGACGACUAUCAAGGCAUCUCCAUACCUCACUUUGACAAGCUCGACAGGACCGUCUUCUCAGUCACCACCUUCCGUGACACCCUCUCACCAUGGGGCCACCCCGACACGCCGCAACAUGUCAAGGAAGCCCUCGUCCACCGUCUCGAGCCCUUCCAAGUCAUAUGCACCAUGCGCGAACGCACCCCCUUCCCCAAAGCCCUCAUCGCCCGCCUCCCCAACCUCCGCCUCCUCCUCACCACCGGCCUCCGCAACGCCUCCCUCGACCUCCCCGCCCUCUCCGCCGCCUCCAUCCCCGUAGCCGGCACAACCGACAGCGCCACCGCCGCCCGCACCCGCGCCGGCUCCUCCCCCCCGGGCGCCGCCAACAGCACCAGCACCACCGAGCACGCCGCAGCCCUCAUCCUCGCCGCGGCCCGCAACCUCGCCCGCGACGACCUGGCCGUCAAAUCCGGCCUCUGGCAAACCGGCCUAGCCGUCGGCCUGGCGGGCAAGACCCUCGGCGUGGUAGGCCUGGGCCGCCUCGGCGCCGCCACGGCGCGAACGAUGCACCUCGCCUUCGGGAUGCGGAUCGCGGCCUGGAGCCCGAACCUGACGCAGGAAACAGCAGACCGGCGCGCCGUGGAGAUGGGUCUCCCCGUCGAGAUCCCGGGCGUCGUGCCGCCGGAAAGGACCUUCCGCGCCGUGGACCGCGCCGCGCUGUUUGCGGCGUCCGAUGUCGUUUCCGUGCAUUUGGUCCUGUCGGAGCGGUCGAGGGGUCUGGUUGCCGCGGACGACCUGGGGAGGAUGAAGAAGACGGCUAUCCUGGUCAACACGUCGCGGGGCCCGCUGGUGGAGGAGGCGGAUUUGUUGGACGUGCUGAAGAAGGGGCGCAUCCGUGCCGCUGCGCUGGAUGUGUUCGCGCUCGAACCUCUUCCCUUUGAUAGCGAGUGGCGCACUACGAAAUGGGGCCAGGAGGGGAGGAGCCAUGUCGUCUUGACGCCGCAUAUGGGCUACGUCGAACAGGAUACCUUGGAUGCGUGGUAUGCUCAGCAGGUUGAGAACAUUCGGAGGUGGCAUGCCGGCCAACCUCUCAUCAACCCUCUAACCUGAUAUGACAAUGAAAGAUGAGAACCUU